GAAGUUUGCUUUGGCUCAGCAUAAUGGCCACGAUUGUUCUAGGCCCAUGUUCGUAUACAAUUUUCCCACUGUUUGCACAUUGCACACACAAAUAAAUGGAGAGUCUCUGUACGGUCGUGCUGCCAGGUCAACUGCUGUCUUAGGUCAUGUUGAAAAUAGGAAGGGAUAAGUUCUGACUUUCAUACGGCGCAUUUCAGAUCUACGGAGGAACGCAACAUGGCAUAUGACUGCAUUGAGCGCCGGUUGCGCAGACUUUUUGAACAUUAUGGCGGGCUGGUGGCCCGUUAUCCGUUACCUUUCUUCAUCAUCCCGAUUCUGGUUGCGGGAGGUUUGGCGUCAGGCAUGUACUUACUCCCAACCCAACAAGAAUCCGGAGUAGAGUACCUGUUCACACCGACAAACGGGGAAGCCAAGACCGAGCGAUCAGUCAUACAGGACCAUUUCUCCACAAACGUCACGGACAACUUUCAGCAAAGCAGGCUUGCCGUUUUCGGGCGUUUCGGUCGAGUUAUCGUGACUGCCAAAGACAAAAGUAACAUUCUCCAGCAAAGUAUGAUGGAAGAGGUCCUACGACUACACGAGUUUGUGCUCAACAAUAUUUCUGUCGAUCACGAGGGACAGACUUACCGUUAUGAAGACCUGUGUGCUGCGUGGCAGGGGAAAUGUGACAGCAACGAGUUCCUUGAACUUGUCGACUACAAUGCCAGCCAAGUUCAAAACACCACCAUUCUCUAUCCGACAUCCUUCAGUCCAUUGGGAGUGCAACUCUUUCUUGGAACACAGCUUGGCGGUGUCACCAUUGUUGACGGUACGGAAGACACGGUCGAGUCUGCCGAAGCCCUCCAACUUCACUACUAUGUCCGUUGGGACGACAGCGAACAAGUAAACGAUGUUAUCAGCGCUAAGUGGGAGGAAGCCUUCCUCGCAGAAGUGCCUACUUUCACAUCUACGGACAUAGACGUAGCCAUGUACACGUCCCAAAGUCGGGCGAACGAACUGAACUCAGUGACAAACGGAAUCAUCCCUCUCUUCAGCAUCACAUUCAGUAUCAUCAUCACGUUCGCUGUGUGUUCCUGCGCGGACACAGACGCCGUACGCGCUAAACCCUGGCUCGGGAUGCUCGGCGUGUUGUCGGCCGGCCUUGCAAUCGUCUCCUCCAUGGGCCUCGUCCUCUUCUGCGGAGUGAAGUUCAUUAGUAUCGUGGCCUCUAUGCCAUUUCUCUGCCUUGGGAUUGGCAUCGACGACAUGUUCAUCAUGGUUGCUGCAUGGCGCAAGACCAACCCACGCCAUUCCGUGGAGCGACGCAUGUCCGAGGCACUGGGAGAGGCCGCCAUGUCCAUAACAAUCACCAGCAUCACUGACGCGCUAGCAUUCGGCAUCGGUGCUAUAACUUUCUUCCCUUCUGUCCAGAUAUUCUGUAUAUUUACCGGUGUAGCUUUGGUUUUUGAUUAUAUCUAUCAGAUAACCUUCUUUGCUGCGUGCAUGGCGAUUUUCGGUUACCGUGAAAAUAAGAAUCUCCAUUGGGCUACAUGCUUGCGCGCUCCGACCAAGAAAGAUGCUGAGCACAGAUCUGGCUGUUUCAGGCUGUUUUGCGCGGGAGGGGUAACUGGUACAGAGUUGGACCAGGGUAUCGUAGAUCAGGAGCCAGAAAGGGAUCACUUUUUAAUGCUUUUCUUUAAAAAGUACUUCGGACCAUUUCUGACGACUGGUUUUGUCAAAGUAGUCGUUAUCAUACUGUUCCUAGGGUACCUUGCCGUCUCUAUCUGGGGUUGUACACAGCUGCGCGAAGGACUGCGCCUUCAGUCGCUAGCAGACGACAAUUCUUAUAUUGUCAAAUUCUAUGACUUAGAGGAUGAAUAUUUCAAGACGUAUGGACCACAGGUAAUGGUCACUCUGACAGAAGAGGUAGAUUAUUCAAAUCUCACAAUCCAACAGCAAAUUUCUGACACCCUGCAGAAUUUUGAAAACAGCGAGUACACCUUUGGUUCAAACAAUACCGAUUCAUGGCUGAACGCUUACACAAUGUUUCUUCGAGGGCAUCCAUUCCUCCCAAAUACUCCAGGCUCUGAAAGGUUUAUCACUAUCCUGAAAGACCAGUUUCUGGCAACCGUUUGGUUCGAUCGCUAUCAGCUUGACAUAGAGUUUAACGACAAUAAAACAAAAAUAUUGUCAUCCCGCUUCUUUGUUCAGUCCAAAAACACCAACACCGCGAAUCGUGAGAGAGACAUGAUGUUGGAUAUGAGGCGUCUGGCCGCAGAAGCCCCAUUUCAGAUGACUGUGUUCCAUCCUGCAUUCAUCUUUUAUGACCAAUACACAGCAGUUCUUCCAAACACCUUACAAAAUAUCGGCAUAGCCACCCUAUCUAUGUUAGUGGUCUCCCUACUUCUGGUUCCUCAUCCCAUCUGUUCCUUGUGGAUCGCGCUCACCAUAGCUUCUAUCGACGCCGGCGUUAUUGGUUUCAUGACUCUGUGGGGUGUUAACUUGGACAGCGUUUCUAUGAUAAACAUCAUCAUGUGUAUCGGCUUUUCUGUCGAUUUUUCGGCCCACAUAACGUACGCCUUUGUAACGGGACAGGGAGAGUCGAGAAAUGAGCGCUCGGUAUUUGCUCUAUAUUCCAUCGGCAUGCCAAUCGUACAGAGCACCGUUUCCACCAUCCUUGGCAUUCUUGCUCUUGCCUUCUCCACAAGCUACAUUUUCCGGACCUUUUUCAAAACAAUGCUUCUGGUAAUGCUGUUUGGUGCUAUGCAUGGUAUUGUCAUACUGCCUGUAGUCCUGACUUUCCUGGGCCCUAAGAAGUCGCUAGGAAAACGAUUUGAAAAGCAUGGAAGUACAUCGAAGGUUGACGAUACAGCUUAUGCAACAACUGCCACAUUGGCAGAGCCUGGAACACUUGCUAUUGCCAGUGCUCGCCAAUCCUCCCCUUCGCAUAACGCAGCCAUCGGCAAUGAAAACCCGUUGAUGAACAAAGAAAUGGCAAACUGGAUAGAGUACGUAAACCAGUCGUAUGAGAAGGAUGAGCCAGAAGUGAGAGAGCGCGCAAAUCAGCACGAAGACAACAUACUAUAUUAGUACCGUAUUUUUCAAAUUUGAUUUCCCUCGGUCAGUGUAAGGUGACUUUGUAUCCUGUAUCGACGCGCGCGAUAGGAUAGUAUGCUGGCCUUGUACACAACUAUAGUCAGAUGCGACAAAUAUUUUCUUACAUCACCAUUUGGGAAUUGAGAAAGCCAACUCUUUAUUGAGAAAUCUUUGCCUUAACUUUAAUGGCAUAAAGGCACAUAAUGCAGGCACGAAUGUAGUCUGUGUUUGUCUGUGUAAUACCCCCGUCACAUUAGGCGAAAAUCGAUCGGAAGACUAGUCUACGAGCUCUAAAUGACAUUUUCGUGAUUUUUCGGG